CGCGCACACGGCGGGUCCAUCAGUCAGUCGGUGGUGGUGGUUUGUGUUGCGUGCCAUCGUCGGAAGAAGCAGCAGCAGCAGCAGUAGCGAGAACUGCUGCCCUUUUUAACACUCACGGCGACGUGUAUCGGUUGCAGAUUCAGUCUUAGUAUUACAUUUAAUGAGUCGGGUUUUUUUUUCAGGAUGUAUGUGGAUCGCUUGUUUUCAUAAUAAUGAAAUUCGUUUAACGUGCGUAGCACGUGCUGCUUGCUGCUUGCCGUUGGUGUAGGCUGCGUAAAGUGGAUGUUUCUGAUUUUUGGAGAUCCAUAGCCGGCCAAAAUGCAACACGCGUGUGCUCGUCGUUGCAAGGUAGAUUAGACAUGCUCUCGAGAGCGCCCAGUAGCGGAGGUAGGGCUGCACCUGCCUGAAGAAUCCAAAGACGACUGACCAAGCUUGGCUUUUCCUCUCCGAUAUCAUCCUUACACGUGCCCCCUGCGCUGCCGCGCGGUCACGCACGACUGCCAGUGACGGCAGCAGCAGCAGCGCACAUGUGGACCAAGCUGCGCCAGAGCUACCAGCUCCAUGGCUCCUCGGUUAAAGACAAAGAAGGAACUACAGGAAAUGUGAUUCUAAAAAAAAUCACAGAGUUGAACCAAAGCUUGAGUGAGACUUCCAUCAAUCGCAGGAGGCAGAUGGGGAAUUCUGCUUCUAUCCACAAUGACUCGCCCAUUAAGCAGCUGAGCGGCAGCGGAUCUCAGUCUUCGGGAAUCGCAACGGAUGAAUCGGGCACGAUGGAUUCGUCGCCUCUCAACAGCGACGUGGAGUUGAGCACGCCCGAAAUCUCUCAAAAAUCACAGGAGCCUCCUGUGAACAAUGGCAAAGACAACUCGGCAAUAAAAAAUCACUGUCCUUUAAAUUGCUGCUGGGAUGCCGGAAGUCCACGUGCCAGCUUGGUAGGGGCAGACAUUUCGAAAGUUGAUAAUGAUGAUGAUGGUGGUGGUGGUGGUACUCUUAAAAGUUCGGCUCUCAAACAGGACGACCCUCUUGACAAAGAAAGGAAUGGGAAGAUUUUGCCAAAGAAUAUGUCUCGAGAUUCAGGACUGGUACCUUCGGACAAUGAGAAGUCUCCAUGUUCACCUCACAAGCCUCUGAAUGGCCGGUCUGCAUCCCUUGACUCUGGCAAUGCACUUACGCCCACACGCACACUGAACGCAGGACUUCCCCAAUGGCCUUUAUCGCCUCCAUCUAAAAUGAUACAAGGGAAAUCCAAGUCAUGUUUUGAUCUCGGAUGUAACUUACGGAAGUCUGACUUGGCUCUUUCUCCGACAAAUGUCCAAUAUGCUGGCCUGACUAAGUCUUGCAGCAGUGUGCAUGCAACUUCAUUAGCUGUGGUCCCAAAAGACACAAUCAUUCCUGCUAUUUCCGAUGAUGACAUCCACGGCAAACAUCAUUCUGACCAGAGCCUUGCGCUGUCGGCCAAGUCUGGAGUAAUUUCUGCAUCCAUGUUCCAUAAUCGCAGUAGGACAGCUGUAAGUACAAAUUCGGCUUUGCUACUGUCACAGGCCAAGUGCCCCCCUCGCAGCAUGUCUUCACAGGCAUUGAAUGUCAACGGGUCAACCGUUGCCUGCAAGCCACGCGAGUUGCAUCAGCACACAUUGCCACGCACUCGCUCUCGGACGUCAAAUCAUUUGCUGUUAUGCGGAAGACCUCUAAAAUCUGAACUUUCGGAAAAGUCGUCUACUCCAGAUAUCCACAAUCGUAAUCUAACGAACACAAGCAGCAACUGCACUGAAACCUCUCCCACUUUAGUUGAAGGAUGUCCAGAUGCACUGCCAAAAGAACCCGCUUGCCCUCCUGUCACAACUGCGUCCAACAUGUCAUCCAAACACCUCAUUAUGGAAGCCCUGAACAGAGCCACUUACCGCCAUAGCUCCACAGCAUCACUCGUCACGUCCAGUACCAAAGUAGAUGACUGCCCAUCCAGUCCAACGCACCAAGAACACAAGCCAAGUGACGCUGCCAGCGAGCAGGGUGGAUGUUCUGACAUCACAGAUGGUCAAGUCGCAAGCUUGGAAGACUAUAACCCAAGCAAUGACAUCAUCCAAGAUGCAGCUGUGCUGCCCAAACAGGAAAGCGUUGCACUACAACAGCAAGGGCCUCUUCCACGGGUGAUGGAUGACCCAGUCGAUGUGGCUGCUCCGACUGGGACCUCAAAGGAGAAAACGAUGGAAAAGCAACCCUCCUCCGAGGUGGUUGGGGACAACUACGAAGCCAUCAUUCAGGACUGGGAGGAGUAUCUGCAGAAUGCACUGCCACAAACAAAUCAAGCAGUCACGGACAACUCCACGAAGCAGCCGUGCGAGCCAGCAGCUGCUGCUGGCACCGGCUUUGUACAGCUGCUGGAGAUGGUGCGGUUCCUGGAAUGCAUCUCGCGGGUUUACGACGAGCGGGCUCGGAGCGGGGACUUCCGUGCACAACAGCUGGCUGGCCAGGCUGUACCCGGCACCAAAAAGGCAACAGAGGUUGCUCACACCAAAGUGUUUGGGGCCCAAGACCCACAGAAUCGUAUCGCCAAGAUGAAGAUAUUGCCAAUGGCCCAGGAACUGGUUUCAGGUUCGAGUCACGCGACCGUGGCUCGCGACGGCUCGACCCAGUGCCAGCAGCAGCAGCAGCAGCAGGCCAGCGCCGUGGCGGCAGGUGCCAUUCCCAAGCGCCGGCAUCACACGCUGUGGCCGGCCUCUGCCAAGCGCCACUCCGAUCCAAACCUGCGACCGCUGCAUCUGGAGGCGUCAUUCGCGGGCAUGCAGCCGGAGGACUGCAUUGACGGGGCGAUGACUCUCAAUCGGCAGCAUUCGAGAGCACCUUGGAAGAGCCUGAGGGCUUUGUUCAAGCGAAGCAAAGCUGUCAAGCAGAGCCACUCUGGGGACAGCACGUACAGCAGAAGCGAAGAAGUUGAUGACAUCAAAGAGACGGAGGAGUUUUCUGCCAGCUAAAAGCCUUUUCGACCAUUUUUAACCGCUAUGGAACUUUACGGCCGAGAAACUCUGAAGCUCCACAUCUUCUCGUGUGUAUCUUGUGCUCGCAAGCCGAUGUGCGAGUCAAAUGAUGGGCAUCUGCACCAGGAGUGAAACGUACCCGGAGCUUUGCAAAUGCUUAUGUGAUAGAAUUUUUCGUGCACUCUUACAUUUUAUACAUAAAAUAUGAAUUAUAUGUGGUUUUGCAUUCAUGUAUUUUGUAAUGCUCACUUUUAUUUACACCUGUAAUGCGCUAUAUGGAUGGUACAGUAUUUAUAUAAAUGUAUGUUUUGAGGGAAGUAUAUUUUACAGAGGUAUAGAUUUGUAUAUGCUUUGUGAACAUUACAUAUGUAAGGUUCAAAUUAUCAGUAUUAAUCUUUAAAAUGCAGUAUUUAUUGAUAUUUUACAAAAUGAUUUAUUUUGUGCGGAGUUUAUUUUACGAACAACUCUGAAUAAGACUCGUACUGUUUAUAAUUUACACUCUGGUCAAUGUCACCAAUAAAAUGCUUUUAA